AUGUUGAUACCGGAAGUGAAAUACAUUCAUAUCCGGUGUGAACUAUGCGGUCGUUAGGCGGCUGACUAAUAGUAAAGAUAAAAAGCUUCAUUCGCAUUUAACGUUUAUAUUACAAUCACUUCGCUCACCACGAAUGGCGUCUCAGAUCUCCAUCACCGUCAGAGCUCAGCCGGCAGCUGCAAGCUCGGCAGCGCUCCGGGGGAAGAAACGUCCUGCUAGUCCGGCGGCUGGUUCCGCUCAGCCGGUCCCCGGGAGCAGCAAGAAGAAGAAAGGGCAGCCGACAGCCACACCAGCAACACAGACUCAGAUAACAGCAGCAGAGUCAGUGGCGGAGGUGAAGGUAGUGGGAACAGUUGAGAACGCUCCAAAUGUUCCCUCAGAGUCAACAGCAAAGCCUCCACCGUUCAAAGACCCCGCAUUUACGCAUUCUGGGAUUGGUGGAGCAGCAGCGGGUAAAAAGAACCGGACCUGGAAAAAUCUCAAACAGAUCCUGGCUUUGGAGCGGACUUUACCCUGGAAGCUUGAUGAUCCCAACUACUACAGCAUCGAUGCUCCUCCCUCCUUGAAGCCAACUAAGAAAUACUCUGACAUCUCUGGACUCCCUGCAAACUACACGGACCCUCAGACUAAGCUCCGCUUCACAUCCUCUGAGGAGUUCUCCUACAUCCGUCUCCUCCCAACCGAUGUAGUGACUGGAUACCUGGCCCUUCGAAAGGCAACAUGCAUCGUACCCUGACACCUGAGCAAGACUUGAAGACUGAAAGACGUUAAAAACAGAACUGAACUCAUGUUUAUGUUUGAGCUGUUGGGCCGGCAAGGAACCACUGAGAGCGCUGUCUGCGUACGGAGAGGACACAGAACAGAACUUUGUAAAAGAACAGCUUGAGCUGCCAAACAUUUGCACAGCUGUUUUUAUGAAAGGUUUUAAGUUAUUAUUCAGAGUUACUGUGACAAAAAUAAAUGCAACACAUAAUAUUCUUUUGAUUGAAUGCUUAUUCACUUUGUGAGCCAUGUUUGUUGUCAGUAGCUGGAUAUCAUACUUUCACUCUACGAGAAUGCAUCUGAACAAUACACUUUUAUUUAAGUGUAUGAAAAGUGUUAUCUUUAAUGAUAUUUGCUACCAUUAAGUUUUAAAGCUUGGUGUGGGUUUGCUACUGUUGAAUCGCGUGGCUAGGAUGCUGUGCGCCCCCUUGUGGUAGAACAUUCAGAUGUGUAAAAACCAAAAAGCUGUUAGUAGAAGGUCACCCAUUUCAGAAUGUUACUUUUUACAUGUAGCUCUUUAAAUCCUACUUGAAUAUGUUUGAUUUCAGUUUAUCUCUUAUUCAUCUGUGUUUUCUAAUCUUUUUUGUAUGAAUAAAUAUUUCUAAGUUAAAAACUGAGAAAAGUC